AUGCGGAAUUAACGCAUCCGCUGCGCCCGAACCGGAUUGAAUAUGGCGAGCACCGAGCAAAGUGGGUCUUCAGAAAACUUUCACACACCCGCGCCAAGUGGAUCAGAUCAACCGGGCGCAAGAUGGGGUCCACAGCAUGCCGGUGCUCGAGAGCUUGCGGAGUUAUACUCGCCAGGAAAAAGAUGUCAGGAAUGGAUCAGUGUGCUUCUUUGCUUUACCCUCAUGGCCUUCAACUUUUGUUACCUGGUAACAUACUUCCACCUGGGACACUCCUGGUACAUCCUCCUGGGCAUCGUGGCAGGGAUCCUCACUGCAGACUUUGCAUCUGGUCUGGUCCACUGGGGUGCUGACACAUGGGGUUCAGUGGAUCUGCCCAUUGUUGGGAAGGCCUUCAUUCGUCCGUUUCGAGAGCACCACAUUGACCCAACAGCUAUAACACGCCAUGAUUUCAUUGAAACCAAUGGUGAUAACUGUAUGUUGACCAUCGUCCCUCUGGCUAACAUGGCUGCAAACUUCCUGAUGCUCUCACCAGCGGAAAUCUAUCGAAACUACCCCUGGUACUGUUACGUCUUUGCUUUAGCCAUUUUUGUUACAUUGACCAAUCAGAUUCACAAAUGGUCGCACACAUAUUUUGGGCUCCCACGCUGGGUGGUGCUCCUGCAGGACUGUCACAUCAUUUUACCACGAAAGCACCACAGAGUUCACCACGUUGCACCUCAUGAAACCUACUUCUGCAUUACCACAGGUUGGUUGAACUACCCAUUAGAAAAACUGGGAUUCUGGAGAAACCUAGAAGACCUGAUCCAGAGCCUGACAGGAGAGAAACCCAGAUCAGAUGACCUCAGAUGGGCCCAUAAAACCAAGUAAACUUCCUCUGCGACCUCCCCUACCUCAGACCUGCUUCUAGGAGAACAACCUUCUUUUUCUCCAUCAGUUUGUCCUCGCCUCAGACAGAAAAAGCGGAGCGGCAAAGAUCCCAAUGCCCAAAUCAGAAAGCCAUCAAUUUCUAGCAAACAUUGAGGGAAAGAGGGUUGGCAAAGCGAUCGAAAGCAAUAUCCCAACAUCACUGCCCCCCUCCCCAGCUCACUCUAAAGAUCCAACACAUCCAAAUCCUUAUUGAAAACUUGAGACUUCUGUGAAAUGUUUAAAACUCUUCAAAGUGCAAAAAAAAGAAAGAAGAAAAACCAACAACAAAGCGAAUUUAAAACGUCGAUACUUGAACAAAGUGGGCUCCUUUCUGGACACCUUCACAUCUUUCAACUUGUCAAAGCUUUGCUGACUUGCUUGUUUUCUGAGGGAACAGCCUCUGCGCUCUUGAGUUUUGGCCUUUGGGACUGAUAUCUCUCGCUAUCACCCUUCUCUCGUUGGGGUUAAAGUGCAGUAAACUCGAGGCAUUUUGGCUCUUUUACCACAGAGGGCUGAAAACCUGUGUCUUCAUCUGUUGCUUGUGUCUGAACGGACAGAGCAGCAUCAUAUGCAGUCUUACUUCAGUACGCCUUAAAAGACGAGUCUCGCUUCGGCCUCAUUCAUCUUUUUAUCGUUAACGUUUUCUUUUGAAGUACAUUUGCUAAUUCAAAGGUGCUGGAAGCAGUCAGCUCUAUAUUAGAAGUAUUUCCACAUAGGUCAAUAUUUAGCAUUUGUGUUUG